AAAUAACAACCCAGGGAUAAGCCUAGGCUGCCUUUUUUCUUCCCCUUUCACUGCUUUUCGCUCUUUCAAAAUAAAAAAAGCAAGCAACGACGACGACCAUGGGCUUCCUUCGCAAGGCACAACCACCCGUCGAAGUCCAGCUAUCAGAGCGCGACGCUCGCAUUCUCACCAAAUAUGAACAUCGCGCAAAACAGUUUGAUGAAAUGAUCAAAAUAUGUUGCUGCUGGAUCGGCUACGACGUACUACUCGACCUUAUCCCUAUUGUCGGCAAGGUGAUUUCACUUGGAUUUUCACUAUCCAUGUAUCGGCUGGCAUGCCAAUGUCAGCUACCAGGCUCUCUUCGACGAACGAUGCUUUAUCACAUUACUGUAGAUUUUCUUGGCCUUAUACCAAUCUUGGGCAUUAUAUUAACGAUGCUGUAUCGUGCAAACACUAAGAACGCACGGCUGCUACGACGAUUUUUGUAUAAACGUGCAUCGCAGCAACAGCAACAGACUUCUCCUCCACCGCCCCCAUCCUCAUCCGCCGCACAAACACCCAUGAACGAGAUCCAACAACCACAGCCCGUUUUAGCUCAUGGUAGCAGUUUUGUAUCGUCUACUGCUGGCGCGUCUCCUCCUCCUCCUCCAUUACCGACAAGAGAGUUGUCAUACAGCUCGGCAAACCCGCCUCCAACCCCUCCACGCGGCGACUCUUCAUAAUAUCGCUUCGCUCGCCCUAAUUUUGUUAUAUUAUUCACGUACACGACGCACUCAUACACAUUCCUUUUCGGUCGACACCUUUUUACCAUAUAAAACAACUUUGAAA